AAAUGGCAGCAUUCGCACAGGUAGUGAAAAAUUCAAACCAGCCAUACCAGGCAAAAAAGUGUUUUUGUGCGGAUGCUUGACUAUUGUUUACCAUUUCUCUCCGUAAAUCGUAUCACAAUAUUGAUCUUCCCGUGGACGGCGAGCAUUUUUUCAUUUGGAAUCAGCAUACAGGACAAUUCACGAUACGCAUUUCAACGACGCACCCCUUCUGCCCAUACGAUUCAUAAUAUUUUAUACUGCGCAGUAUAAACCAUGAGUGCCAACGAAAGCACCGCGCAAGCGCCACAACCUAAGCCAAAGCGUAAGCUGAAAACUACGAGCGAUGUCGAUAGGGAACGUAUUGUGACGGCGUACGAAAACGGUGCCACACCAGCUACCAUCGGCCAGAUACUUAACAUACGAGUAUCGACAGUUUACGGUAUCAUUAAGCGAUACCAAACCUCAUGGCAGAUUGAGGCUAAAAAGCGAGGUGGCAACCACCCAAAGGCACUGUCCCCGGAAGCGAUAGAAAGCAUUCGCGGUUGGUUUGAGGCAGACAGGACAGUAACGCUCCGGGUGUUGGGAGAAAAGUUGCACGAGAAGCACGGUUUGCGCGUAAGCAGCACGACUAUAGGGCGGGAAGUUAAGGAACUGAAAGCAGUGUCCGCACCGGAAAAGUCAACCAAAGCAAAGGCCAAACCGUCCAAAACUGACGGUAAUUCACGGAAAACGGAAAAAGUAAAGAGUAAAGCACAAAAACCUUCAGGAAAUUCAGCAACCAACGACGAAAAAUCUAUUCUGAAACCCAGUAACAAAUAGUAAUAAUUACUGAUUGCAUGAGAGAAAUUAAUCAUCAACGCGGAAAGACAUAACUUAUAACAUUUACUCCUUAAGCACGAAAAAUACGCAGGAAAAUUUGAAACAAAAAAACUGAAUAAAACAAAAGUAUAAUCGUAAUAUGGUUAAAUCAAAAA